ACUGCGUGUGGUGUGGACACAUCACGGUUGGUCUAACAAAUCCCAUCAAUCUAAAGUACCAAAGCUCCUCGUCCGGAAAAGUCCGAUCCCCACAGUCAAAGCGCAGUUAGAUGAGAGAGAGAGAGCAGCUCGAGUCCUCAAAGGCUUUAUUAUCAACUUCUUGGAGCUGGACGGGUGGGGAGAGAAAUGAGGUCUUUUUAGGCUCUACGGUUAAAAGGAAUCCCUCGCCCUGAGGAAGUUUAAAAGAGCGUUUUAUAAUCCUUUUAGCUUCAAGUCUUUUAAUCCCUGUCCCAAAAAUAUUUUAAUUUAGUUGAGGGAAGCGAGAUCCGCGGUUUGGAAAUUGGGGCUUAGGGUUUUAGCUAUGUGGAAGGAAUAAAGAAGGAAGAAAGGUGCUUCUUUUCGCAGGAUCCGAGAAAUUAAGCUCGAAAGAUUGGAAAAAACGCCGUCAAAAGAUUCGGUCUUCGAUCCUUCCCGGGGGUUUCUGAGAACCACUAGAUGGAGAGAUCGGUCCUGGAGAUGGAUGCAAAGGGAUCUGACUGGGUCUUUUGGGAUUUGGAUUUAGGUUUGGAGUUUUAGGUUGUGUAGAUUCUUGGCUUUGUCCGGAAGGUGGUGAGGAUGGAGGAGCAUGCUGCUCUUCGCACUAUUCAGAGUUCAAUCCAGGCUCUGGGGAGGGGUUUUGAUGUUAACUAUGACACACGGUUGCUCUACUGCAAGGGGGUUGCCGGGUCGAGGCUUGUUGAGGUCGAUGAGGAGCAUACGAGAGAUCUGGGGGUGUCUCACAGUCUGAUCGUGCCCAAUGUGUCGAGAGAUGUUAGGUGCUCGUGCGUGAGCGGCGGUCGGGAGAGCAACGGUGCUUGCGGGUUCUAUGAGAUGGCAGAAUAUUUUAACAGAAAAGCUGAUCUGCUGGGAAAUUGUCCCAUAGGAAGCUUCAAUUCUGCAUUCAGCUUUACUGGAUCAAAGAAAGUUGAUGCUGCAUCUACAAAAAGCCUUGCAAUGGAAGGGAUGUUCAUCCCUUUAUGUAAGGUUUACUUGGUAAAACAACCUCUAUCAUUACAAGGAGAGGUGAGGCAUGCUGUGCCACUUUCAUGGGAACCGUUGUCAUUAGCAAGAUUUAUUGAGAAUUAUGGGACUCAUGUCAUCACAUCCAUUACUAUUGGCGGUAAGGAUGUGAUUUAUGUCAAGCAGCACAGUUCGUCACCCUUAUCAUCAAUGGAAAUAAAGAACUAUAUCCAGGACAUUGGAGACCAAAGGUUCUCAGAAACUGGAAGGCAUACAAGUUCAGGUCCAUUGAAACUGAAGGAUAAGGCUGUAGAUCCUUUUGUGUUCAACAGUCAAGGAAUAUACCCGCAACCACCCAGUGCUCCAUAUCUUACUGCAAAGGAGGAUGUUACUGUCAUUUUCAGAAGAAGGGGCGGAGAUGAUCUUGUCCAAAGCUACACCAACUGGGCAAGAACUGUCUGUUCAGCUCCGGAUGUUAUUGAAAUGACUUUCAAUCCGAUCACUUCUCUUCUUGAAAGCAUCCCUGGGAGGGACCAUCUAACGCGGGCUAUCAAUCUUUAUCUGGAGUAUAAGCCUCCAAUCGAAGAGCUACGGUAUUUUCUAGAGUUUCAGGUCCCCAGAAUUUGGGCCCCAGUUCGAAACGAACUUCCAGGCCAUCAAAGAAAAGAGCCAGUCUGCCCACAUUUGCAGUUCAGUAUUAUGGGGCCAAAGCUUCAUGUCAGCCAAGAGCAGGUAUCCGUUGGUCGUAAGCCUGUCAUUGGCCUACGAUUGUGCUUGGAAGGAGCCAAGCAGAACCGGCUAUGUAUUCAGGUCCAGCACUUGGCGUCUCUUCCAAAGAUACUUCUACCUUAUUGGGACACUCAUAUUGCCAUAGGUGCACCAAAGUGGCAGGGACCUGAGGAGCAAGAUAGCCGGUGGUUUGAGCCUGUGAAGUGGAGGAACUUCUCUCACAUCUGUACAGCGCCAAUUGAGCACAAUGAGACUUUUCUUGGUGACAUCUCUGGUGUGUAUAUAGUCACUGGAGCGCAGCUUGGAGUUUGGGACUUCGGAACAAAGAAUGUGUUGUACAUGAAACUUCUCUAUUCUAAGGUACCUGGAUGCACCAUAAGAAGAUCCUUGUGGGACCACAAUCCAGCAGGCCCAAACAACAAAUCAAAGAGACUGUCUGCGGGAGAUUCUAAGGACUCAGGUGACUCAAGUUCAGGCUCAAGCGAUUCGGGGAAACUUAUGAAGCUAGUCGAUAUGUCGGAGAUGUGCAAAGGCCCGGAUGAUAUACCAGCGCACUGGUUGGUGACUGGUGGAAAGCUUGGAGUCGAGAAAGGGAAGAUUGUCUUGAGAGUAAAGUAUUCAUUGUUGAAUUACUAAUGUCAGUCGUUUUAGUUGAAAGGAUGUGUUUGUUAUGCAUGUAAAAUAUGGCAGUCUGUUGGGGCUUAGCUUGGAUGAGGAUUUGGGUUUCUCUUAAGUGGCAUUUUUACAUUCUUUGCACUUCAUCAAAUUUUACAGCACGCUUGAUGUUGUGGUUUGAAGAAGGUGCUUUAUGGCUAAGCAGCUUGCUCUAAAUAGGUGGAUAUGGUAGAACCCUAGGGGAAGAAGGCCUAGAUACCUGGGUGUUUUCCCAGUAGAGGUGGCGGAUGUAUACCCCUGACAUGUCUCAGAAUUCAUAUUUCUCACCUUCUCACCAUGUGAUCCGUACAGUUGUUCUUUUCCCACGAUCCCAAUUCAAUGCUUAAUCUGAUGGUGGUU